CAGUUGCCUGAUAUGAGCGACGACAGCACCAUCUCUGAAUACGAAACUGACACAACAUGCUGCUACUGGAAGCGCCUUACUCCCGACCUCAUACACAAAAUUGCUAGCUGCUUACACCCGAAUGAAACAGCAUCGGCCCUGAAACUAGUCGAUUGCGAAACCGCGUCGGCUCUGCGCGACAACUAUAAGACAUUAUACUUGUCACACAGGCAUAGUGACCUAUGGAAAGCUACAGGCCAGACCUGCGCGCGCGCGGAAAGGCCCUGGCCUGGGUCUGCCUUCGUGGCGCACUGGAGCCGCCCCGAGCCCUGGCGCUCGCUCAGCUUUCGCCAGCGGCGGCGGCUUCUGUGCCUGGCCGCGUCCUCGGGCCACGCGCCCAGCCUGGACGCGGCGCUGGCGCACUGCGGCUGCUCACUCGUGUUAGAAGUGAUGGUGGCGACUGCCGCGGCGGGGAACCUGGAGGGCUGCGAGCGGCUGCUGCGGCAAGAGGGCUGCGUGGUUUACCGGGAAGCGCUGAAAGCGGCGGCGGCGGGUGGCCACCUGCCGACGCUGCAGCUGCUGCUCGCGGCAGCCCAUGUACGGAACGUGCCGCACGUGUUUCGUGCCGCUUGCGUCGGCGGCCAGGUCCACGUUGUGACCUGGCUGACCCAGACGUUCGGCAGUACCGGCAGUGGCAGAAGCGCUGGCCCAGACUCUGCAGACGCAGCGGCGGCAGCGGCUGCUGGGCAGGUUGAGAUGAUGGAGUACCUCCUGAGCCAGCUGUUACAGCCGCUGCUACUGCCUGUGGUGAUGACAAUGGCACAAGGGAAUGACGGGCCUGCAGCUGCAGGGGAGGAGGUGGUGGGGGCGGCGGCUUCAGGGCCAAGCCGGGGCAGUCUGGGCAGCGCGCUCAGCAGCAAUCCACUGCCAUCAGCACUUAUUCCGUGUCCGCCUCAGCCUCGGUCCCAGCCUCAGCAGGCAGGGUCGCCACUGCCGCAUCCCCCGCCCCUGCUGCUGACUGCCUCGGGCGCCAUCCGGCGGCUGGAGCUGCUUCUGGGUCUGGUGCUAGGCUGCCCACUGGAGGUGCUGCGGCGGCACUACCACUGGCUUGCGAGUGGGGUAGUGCUGCCGACCCAUGGGGCGCCGAUGGCCGCAGGACAGGGAGCAGCAGCAGUAGCAGAGGUGGAGGCGGAGGUGGACGGAGGCGGUGGGAUUGCGGAGGACGCUGCCUUCUUUGUUCCAGGCGACUCACCACUGCGGCGGCGGCGGAUGCUGCUGGCUGCAGCCUUCACCAGCCCCACAUCUGACUGGGAGGCCAAACUGGACUUCCUACUGUCGACAUGGGGGCUGGCAUCUGGGCUGGACGCAAGGGCUGCACCUGGCCCCGUUGCCAGUGCUGGUGUCCCAGCAUUGCGACAUUACCCCAGGACUCCCCGACCUGAGCUGACGCAGCUCGCCGAGCAGUGUCUUGCAGUGGGCACCGAUGAUGUCUACGAGGUGGCAUGGAUUGACCUGGCAGCCCGGCCUGACUUCCUGGCGCGGCUGCAGUGCCUGCGGGCGGCCGGGUUUGAGUUCAACCACGUAAUGCUCGAGCUGGCAGCAGAGGCUGCUCAGCCGGAAGCUUUGGCAUACCUGUGGGAGGAGUGUGGAAUGGGGACCCAAGGGUCAGCCCCCAGUGCCGACAUCCUGGCGACCUACUUCCUGCAUGGCUGCGCCCGGUUCAGCCAUGGGGGCAGCUGGGGUGUGAGUAGCGGGAUAUCUGGCACGGCGGGUGGCGCAGCAGGUGGUGUGGCGCGGUCGCGUCGGUGCCUCCAGAUGCUGCGGCUGUUGCGGGAUUGGGGGGCCGUGUUCACGGCUUCACAUGUCACCCAGGCAGCAAGGAGUGCCGCGCCAGAGGAGCUGGUACCAUGGCUGCUGCAGGAGGUGGCAGCACACAACGGGGAGGACACAGACACACAGCAGCAGCAGGAGGAGGAAAGGGAAGCCUGCAGCAAGGCGUUUCAAGUAGCAGCAGUGCACAGCGGCAGCCUGCCAGUUCUGCAGGCACUACGGGCGCGUGGUGCGGCAGUGUGCUUGAAGUCGGUGGCAUUUGGCGGCAGCGAGGAGGCGCUGGAGUGGGCGGCGGCGGAGCUGGAGGCAGAGGGCAAGCUGCAGCCCCUGGAUGACAUGGAAGCCCGCCGAGUAGCAGACUCUGGCAACCAUGCGGCAAUGGAGUGGCUGCGGGGCCGCGGCCUACUGCCACAACGGUUAUAGCGAGCUACUCCUUGCAACUAGGCAAGCAGUAAAGGAAUUGAGCAAUGUGGCCUUGGUGCAGGGCAGGAGUGACUGAUGAUGAGGUGCAGCAGUGCACAUGCUUGGGAAAGGCUGCUUGGACAGGCCAGGUUUGUGGACUUGUGGUACUGAAAACUGCCACAAAAUUUGGAUGCAUUAGCAAUGCAGUGAGUGGUAAGGUGGUUUGCAAGAUGCAUGGCAUUGCAGCAUAGGGUACUGGAAGUGUGACUGGCCGUUGCUGGCGAAGGAGCGGGGUUGGAAGGGAUGUCAGGUGAGGUGCUGGGAGGCCCCUGCUGGUGGAGGAGUGGGAUGUGGUGGGAAGCGGAGUCGGUGUGGGGAGUCUGGGCGUGUCUGGUGCACACCAGGUGUGCCUGUUGGUAUUAUCGUGAGGAGCGUAGGACAUUGUGGAGAUGAGCUCUGGUACCGGGAGAAAGGACGCGAAUGCGAACGGUGCUCGCCAGGUGCAGUGCAGGCACGGAUGGAAGAGACGCGCACCGGGGCCAGAUAGUGCGGUGACGGUCAUCGGUCGGCAGAAGGUGAAUUUGCAGGGUGGCUUCAUGAACUUAUAUCAAUAGAAUAUUAUGUAUUACCAUAUGAUCAGACAUCCAUUUUGACUUUGCUAAGCAGCUCUGAUACUCAAUUUAGACGGCGGCGGCCUCGGGCGCAAAGGCGGCUGAGAUGCAAUCGAUUGGCCUGGACCAGCGCACAGCCCAAGUUGACGGCCUCAAGCAUGGGCAAUACGAUUGCGGGUAGGGCGUGGCAAGUGCCGCAGACGCAGCAGCAAGCGCUGCUGCCCCGUUGCGUUUGUUUCACGGGCGAGCCUGGCCCGGCGCUGCGCGGCGUUGUGAGCAUGUGGUGGCCGGGGUGGGGUUUGGGCACGAGUUGAGCGGGUGUAGCUUGCGUCGUGAAACUUUUCGC